GUUCGUGUGACCCGAAUUACUGACGGCUACUCAGUAGCAACUUGAGCUUGGGCAAACGACAACAGCAGCAAUCAGUUCAGGGUAAGCACGUCAAGGAUGGCUGCCCAGGCGCAUGCGGAGACAGAGUUUCCCGAACUUGUCAGAUUCAGGGAGGAGUGGAAGGAGGAAGUCCGUCAGCGGAGGGCGGCACGCCAGCAAACCGAGUCAGAACCCCCGGACUCGCAGACACAGAGGCAUGCACCACCACUGGUUGGCACCUCCCAGCUUCCCCCAGCAUCCACUACAGCCUGCGAUAGUUCCGACUUACCAGUUCAGCCAUUGUCACAGGCUGACUUGCACAACCGAGUUGCGGUCAGCGUUUCAAGAGCGUCUCUCUACACAUCCAAUAGCGAGUCCAACAAUAGUUCUACUUUAACUCGCGCAGUCGGGAUAUAUCGAAGUGCAGUACAACACGAACAGGAGGGCCGACUAGAUGAAGCUCUCAAACUAUACAGUCAGGCUUUCCGUUUGGAGCAAAACGUUGACCGCACGUACUUCUGGGAGGAACAAAGGUCCCAGCAGUUGGCAAUUCCGUCCCCUCUUGCAGCAGACUUGGGUGGUCUUCUGAAGGCCACGUUUACGGGCAAGAGCAAAGUAAAUGCAGCACAGGGCACCACCAUUAUCAAGGCUGAUACGAAGGACAAAUACUGUGCAUCAGGGGCUUUGGCCAAACUCAUUGCAAACUUCCCUGCCGAACUUGCAUUUACACCAGAGGACGAGCGCGAAGGCGUAGCUCUCAACGUGAUUCCGGACGAAUUACUUUUGAACGUUCUGCGUAGCCUGGAUACAACCACCAUCGAGCGGUUCGCAGCCGUUUGUCGCAAAGCCCGUGUGCUCAGCCUUGACUCGUCGAUAUGGAAGGACUUCAUAUAUAUGGCCUAUAAACCCCCUCAGAUCCCUGACGCAGACUCAGUGAAUGCGAUAAUCAAACGCUUUAAUGCUGAUUAUCGACAAACUUACAUAGAGCAGCCUCGUCUGCGACUAGACGGGGUGUAUAUCUCUGUAUGCCAUUAUGUUCGCCGGGGUGUGAGCGAUUACGCGUGGGUUAACAGCAUGCAUCUCGUUACGUACCACCGGUAUCUGCGCUUCUUUGCGGACGGAACCGUGCUUUCGCUGCUUGCUAACGAAGAACAUACACCUCAAAAUGUCAUACCUGUUCUCAAGCCAUCACUGCGUAUGAAGGGUUUCACCGUAGGCAAUUGGCAACUUGAUGGGUCGAUCGUUCGAAUAUCCAACUUGCAUUCACCACACUAUUAUCCUUCGUCUCGCUACAAUUUUCAGAUGUCUCUUGCACUUCAGUCCAAGCCGCUUGGGCGGUGGAACAGGCUUGAGGUUCUCUCAUACGAGUCAGUCAAUGUUGAAACAGGGGAGGUCGCACCUUUUGUUCUCAAGCACGAGCGACCUUUCUGGUUUUCGAGAGUCAAGAGCUACCCUGGAUACCAUUAAGACAGUGGCCUGCCCAUCGACGUGCUUCAUACUAGGUUUGGUAUUUCUCAACAUAGUCUUGCAACUAUGCUAACCCAUACUGUCUUGGCUGUGGUUCAUGUGUGUACUCAAUAUUGAUUGAUUCUUACUUGUGGUAUGUCAAGUAGGUGGCCAUGUCUGUGCUGGAAGUCUGCCACUUUGCAAGCACAAUUUACUAAAGAGCUUUUCAAUGUCAUUGGAGAGGACAGUUCAGCUUCAGGAUCAGAGAUGUGUCUGGGUGGAAUACUGAGAUAAAACUUACCAUUUACAUAUGGACAUCAUGUCAAAAGUUGUGAUGGUAUGUGUAAUGGAGGUUCAGACUUUUACAUAUAUGGCAAAUCUGUGAGCAUGUAGAUACAUUGUAAAAUACAAGGGUAUAUCAAACUAAACUGCCAUAAAACAUUGAUGCCACU